AGGCAGGGGUGGUGGUGGUGGUGGAGAACAGCCGGGGGAUCAUCCUCAUCAUCCUCAUCCUCCUCCUCCCUGAAAGCGUGGGGGCCCUUGGGAUAGGAAGCUGUAACAGGGGAGGGCGCGGCGGGUUACGGGAGGCAACAACGUCGCCGAGGCGGAUCCGAAACCCAUCUUUUCUCCCAGAAUCCAAACCAGGCUGGCUUGAAAAGAAGGGGUUCCGGCUGCCCGGGAUCAAGUUGAUCCCCCCCCCCGGUCCGGCUGACUUUUCCACCCCGCAGCUCCGUGGCAGUGGAUUGAUUGAUGAUCUCCCUCCCAAUCCUCUUAACUGAAUUGUUCCUCCCUGGCUUGGAGACCGCAGGUAGCCCAUAAUACUCUUAGCCUCUUUUUUAAGGAGCAAAUGAAGGUUGGCUCAUGUGUACUGGAGAGGGUACAUUAUUAUUACUCUUGGCAGUUGCCCAUGAACCUGGAUGGCUUCUAAUGUGAACCUAAAUCUGGAUAAAGAAACCUUGUUAGACGAUGGAGUGCCUCCUGCAAAAAAACCAAGGAAGCUGUUGCCGAGUCUGAAAACUAAAAAGCCUCAGGAACUUGUGCUGGUGAUUGGAACAGGCAUAAGUGCAGCCGUCGCUCCUCAAGUGCCAGCUCUGAAGUCUUGGAAAGGGCUGAUCCAGGCCCUUCUGGAUGCUGCUAUUGACUUUGACCUUCUCGAAGAUGAGGAGAGAAAAAAGUUCCAGAAGUGUCUCCGAGAUGAUAAGAACCUCAUCCACGUAGCUCAUGACCUUAUCCAGAAACUGUCACCACGCACAAGCAACGUCCGUUCUACUUUUUUCAAAGACUGUUUAUAUGAGGUCUUUGAUGACCUGGAGUCCAAGAUGGAAGACACUGGGAAACGGCUCCUUCGGUCUGUCCUCCACUUGAUGGAGAACGGCGCUCUCGUACUGACCACCAACUUUGACAACCUUCUGGAAAUUUAUGCAGCAGACCAGGGGAAACAGCUGGAAUCUCUGGAUCUUACGGAUGAGAAGAAGGUGCUGGAGUGGGCCCAAGAGAAAAGGAAGCUUAGUGUCCUACAUAUUCAUGGCGUGUACACAAAUCCCAGUGGAAUCGUGUUGCAUCCGGCCGGCUACCAGAAUGUGCUGCGCAACACAGAAGUUAUGCGCGAGAUCCAGAAGUUGUACGAAGCCAAGUCGUUCCUGUUCCUGGGCUGUGGUUGGACUGUGGACGACACCACUUUCCAGGCCCUUUUCUUAGAAGCUGUGAAGCACAAAUCUGACCUUGAACAUUUUAUGCUCGUGCGCCGAGGGGAUGUGGACGAAUUUAAGAAGCUGCGGGAAAACAUGCUGGACAAAGGGAUUAAAGUGAUAUCUUACGGGAACGAAUAUGCAGACUUGCCUGAGUACUUUGAGAGGCUGGCAAAUGAGAUCUGCAGCCGGGGUCGAGCAGCAGGUCCACCUCAGGAUGGGCAGCUAAAUGGCACAGCUACGGCACACACCGAAAUCAAAGGUAUGGCGCUGACUUAAUACUUACAAACUCCGAAAGGCCCUCUUUGGAAAGGAAGUCUUGCCAAACUUGUUGGCUGCCAGUGACCAUGCAGUUGUGCCCCCCACCCCUUUGUGUGACAGAGGUUCAAGACUAAAUACGGCAGGAUCUGUCUCGCAGAACCCGGAAGACUCCUUAGUAAGCUGUGGACCCUUUUCUCCUUCAAAAUGGCACCGUGUGACAUUAAAGGCAGUUGUUGCUCAGUCAGUCUUGACAAAGGCAUCGAACAGAAGAGUUAAGUAGUAGUUCUAAUAACCUAUUCAUUCUGGAAAUGAUCGUGUCUGAUUUUGAGGUCUUGCUUCUGAAGGUCGAAGCCUUUUUGUUUUAAAGGGAAUGUCCGUGUUGCGAUUCAGCUGAGCAGCAAGAACUCUGUAACACAUGGAGGAUGAUAGCCCUGGCAGCUCAGCUCAACAGAUUUUGGCAGAACUGUAAAGGAACAAAACAAAGCCUUGUGUAAAGGGGAUUGCAACUAAUGUUGUGUUUCUGGGCCACAGAUCUAUCCAGCUGCUUAAAAGCAGCCCGCCUGCCCACCUUUCCUGCCUGCUUAACAAACUCAACGGGCUUUGGUACAGGAAGCAAAACUGACUGGCUGUACUUCCUUGUCCUGUGGCUGCCGAAACAUCCUGCUCCUUGGGCGGAAGAGUCCUUAAGUUUUCUUUGUAGCAAGGAAUGCUGUUGUUCCAAGGAACUUAACACCCAAACCUGCAAAACUAUUCAUGUAUCCCUUGGGGUUUUUUUAUUGCCCCUUGCCUCCUGCCCAUCAUGUCCUUGCACGACCCAAAGCAAUCUCAGAACAUAUUUCCACAUACCAUGAAGACGGAACCCGUGUCAUUAUGUCUUGAAAGGCUUAGAAACAUUUUUUAAAAAAACGGGGGUUCAAAAAUUAAUAAUAUGAAGAGCAGCUCACCUAAUGGUGAAGGUGUCCAUGUGCCUUUGCAGAUGUCCUUUCUCUAAGACCGGGAUUGUUGGCCUCCUGCCUUUUAAUCUGCUAGAUUUUUUUUUAACCAACCCCUGCUAAGUGAUUCAGUUUUUGUUGCAAAGCCUCCUGUUGCCUUCGCGUUUAAGGCCAGUGUCCAUAGUAUCUUCCCAGAUGAAGUUUAAAGAUAAUAGACCCUCCCCUAGUAGGCAGACGGGAGCACAAUGCACUCCGUUAACUGUUAUCCUGACGCAGAGUUCAUCCCUCUGCUAGAGAUUUCAGGCAAAGAUGUUGGCAGCCCUGAGCGACACAUGUGAUUCUCUCGAAGUCAUUUGGAGGAAGGAAAAUUAAGUAUUAUUACGCCUCCGCGCAAGUGCUAUCGUCGUUUUGUUUUGCCCUGCUAUGUGAAACUUAAAAAAUGUUAAAAACUUGAUACAAGCACUUCUUGGGACUUUUCUGCUCUUGGGCAUGAAGAUUUGUCAAGCAAUGUGAUUUUUUUUUCCUAUUUAAGGCUGUUUCUGCAGGGAGAUCCCAUGCUCUCCCAUGGAGCAAGAGUUCGCUAUUAGUGCUUUUUAUAUUCUCUUACGAGUUUUGACUGAACCAUGAGCAUUUUUUAAUUACUUGAAGCUCUAGUUUUCUACGGCCUUUUUCUUUAUACACAGUGUUUUGUAUGUCUGAAACUGUAAUAAAUGGUUGUUCACACGUC